AAGUGACUGUGUCUCCACCUCUAGGUACUUUUCCCUGCAGUAUAUAUGAAAGGCAGUGGAGCAGCUACUGGACAGAGCUCACCAUACCUUGAGGGAUACUGUGUAUUGCAUCUCAGGCUCUAAACUCAAAGCUACAAUGGCAUCCACUAUGUCUCUCAGAAGCUACUCCACCAGCCGCCAGUCUGCCUACUCCAGCCGCUCGCUCAGAGACAGCUCGUGGACCCAGUUGAAGGCUCCCUUCGCCUCCUCCAGCUCCUUCUCCCUGUCCACCGUUGGGAAUGGAUUGAAUCAUCUCACAGGGAACGGGAUGGGGGUCACCAGUGAAAAGGAGACCAUGCAGUGUCUGAACGACCGGCUGGCCAACUACCUGGACAAGGUGCGCUUCCUGGAGAAGUCCAACCAGGAGCUGGAGCUCAAGAUCAGGAACGUGAUGGCUGAGAAAUCCCCGAAGUACAAGGACUUCUCCCCCAUGAUGGCACAAGCCCAUGCUCUCAAUGAAGAGGUGAGAAAGAUGACCUUGGAUAACAGCAGAAUCUUACUGCAGAUUGACAAUGCCAAACUGACAGCAGGUGACUUCAGAAUGAAGUGGGAGACAGAGUGUGACCUCACCCAGUCAGUGGAAAGAGACAUCCAAGCCCUGAAGAGGGUGAAGGCUGAAUAUGUGGGCAUCCUGAGCAGCAUGCAGGCUCAAAUGGAUAGUAUGACGGAGGAGAUUCACUUCCUCAAGAAGAACCACAAGGAGGAAGUGGCUGCCAUUAUGGCCCGCCUGUCGUGUGAGCAGGUGAGCGUGGAGGUGGAUGCUGCUCAAGGUCCUGACCUCGCUGCUGUCCUGGCUGAACUGCGUAGCCAGUACGAAGGCGUCGCAAGGAAGAACAAGGAAGAUGCCGAAGCAUGGUACCAGAAAAAGAUGGAGACUGUCACUCUGGAGGUACAGCAGAACACUGGAGCCCUGCAGAGUGCCACGAGUGAAAUUAAUGAGAAGAAACGUAUCCUGCAGUCCCUGGAGGUAGAGCUGGAAAGUCUGCGCAAGCAGGUCAAUAUGCUGGAGGGUAACCUGGGGGAAACCAGUCACAGAUACACAGUGGAACUAGAACGCCUGCAGGUGAGGCUAACCCAGCUGGAGGCUGAGCUAGCCACGCUGCGCCACGACCUGCAGAGCAACAAGAUGGAGUAUGAGCAGCUGCUGAGGAUCAAGGAGAGCCUACAGCUCGAGAUAGCCACCUACAGGCGUCUGCUCGAAGGAGAGGAAGUUGAAAAACCAGCACCUCCUCCACCCAAGAAGAACCCAGAUAUCAAGACAAGGAAGAUUGUGCAGAUUGUCACACAGACCAUGGUUGAUGGAAAAAUCGUUGACGAAUCAAGUGAAGUCUCCAGUGAGACUGUGGAGAAGAAAUAGGCGGAACCCUGUGCGCGCUAUACACGUUUCCCCAGUAUAUUGUAUUUUUGAGCUGGAUCUUUUUAACUUUGGUAUACUGCAAGGAAUCUUUCAGCUGUUUUUUGUAGGUGUAUUGAAGAACUGGCAUGAGGGUAUGGGAGGGUAGAGGAAAGGACACUAUUUCACUGUAUUCUACCCAAAAUAAUGUGAUUUCUUUGGUUCUGGUUACAAAACUGUAAUUUUAAAAAAUUGCCAAUGUUUUGCUUGUCUGACUAAAGCUAUAGAUUUAAAAAUGCAUUGAAUCUUUGCCUUUAAAUCAAACACGUAUUAUUGUCUAUUGGGGUAAUAAUUGUUUUGGUGUGAUGCCUUUUUUGUGUCCAUUCAUUAGCAGUUAGAAUAUGUUUUUAAUCUUUUGACACAUUGUAUAGAUACAUCAUUACAGAAGUAAUUUAGAGUGGUGAGUUAAAAACCCACAUUAAUACUAAUAAAUUACAUUGUCUUUCAUAUGGGUUUUGUAUGGCUAGUUUGGGUAGCUAUAAAAUGUAUGUAGUUUUAGCAAAAAUAAAGGAUAUUAUUAAAGAAACCAUGGAAACGUUA